GGGGCCUCGGCACGGCCAAUGGUUUUUCCGAGGCCGGUCCGUUCCGCACUUGGCGGAAUUUUCCGGAUAUAACAACCCACGUAACGGCCGCCCUGGAGACCUUCGCAGGUCAGUACAGUCGCACGUAUAGUUAGCUAUAUAAGCUUCUUUGUAUCUAUAUAGCAGGUUCUCAAAUCCAGAGAAUAUUUUACCGCAAGAGGCUGCCUAGCUGCAGCACUCUUAGACGGCGAUCUAAUUAUCCAUCUUUGCCUUCCGUCGAUUUGAUCACCCGGACAGGCUUAAACACUACUGCGGACCUACACGGCACACCCUCACGAUGGAUGCCCUUCCAGAAGAACUUAUUGAUAACAUCAUAUCUUUCGUUGACCAUCGGUUCACUCUUGCUAUCCUCGCUCGCACCUCGAGACAGCUGUACAGACUCGCUACGCCAUGGCUAUACGGACACGUCACUUUCCCUUCGCAGACGAAUCCAGCCGUCUUUUCUACCCGGUUACAUCACGUUGCGAGUUUUCUGAUACGGCGGCCUGACCUAGCUGCUAUUGUAGAAGAAGUCACUGUUGACCAACCCUUGCGACCCGUGGAUGAGUUUCGCGUGUUCGACUGUGACGAACUUCUGGACCUUGAUGAGGUAGUAUCAGUGGCCGUUGAUGCUCUAGCAACCAAGGGCAUCACCGAUAGCUCUAUGGUUUACUACUUGCGGCGUAAUGGAGAUGAUGCCUGGCUGGCUCUUCUGCUAGCUCAUCUGCCCAAUUUAAAGCGCCUGCGCCGGAUCGUUCAGAUGAGAGCAGGAGACGACUACACGAGGUUCGUAGGACUACCUCCGAGGAAACAGCCAUUCACCCCACUCGAGAAGCUUAUGCUCGUCGGACCUGUCGGUCUGGGAGGGUCGUUACAAUCUGGGCGGCGAGCUAUACCUACUAGGACGCUCAUGGUAGAGCCAGACGCACCGACUCUAGACGACGACGUCGAUAUGGAGAGGCGCAGCAUGAUACAUGUUGUGCCGCAUUUGCAUGCUCUGAAGCCAAAAGCCCUGUACAUUUACAACAUGUACACGGACGAUAACGUGAUACCCGACAUACCUUUUACUAGGAGCGAUCUUGAGAGCAUGAAGCGCCGUAUGGCUGACACUCCAGAGUGGCUCUGGCUACCUACUAAGCACCUCGAAAUGCGGCGGGUAUCCCUACAAGACGAGGAUGUCUGUACACUCCUCCGUGAGUGCCGCGAGGUGGAAACAAUCAUCUUCGAGCACGAAGGGAGAUCGGAUCUGGAUAUUCGCAGAGUCGCUCUUAUGCUAGAGCUGCACAAGGACACCCUGACACGGCUUUUGCUCAACACUUUCAAGAGUUCAGGCACACCCGGGAUCGUUUGUCUGCGCGAGCUCACUGCGCUGAAGCAUCUCAAAAUUGCAUCGACGUUCAUCGUUGAUCCGGGCAUGAACAUCUCCCGCCUCCUUCCUCCCAACAUUACCACGCUCAGUAUCGUCAAGCCUCGGCAUCAAUCUAUAUUCCUUUGCUCCCCGAUUGCUGCCUUCCUAGCCGUGUGGCAGCAGUUCACACCCUAUUUGGAGCUCGUUGAACUAGAGGGGUGGUUUGCGCUCACGGGCGUCUAUAGAGGCAUGGUCCAAUGCAUAUCCGCGGCCGAAGCGUCUGGCGUGGAGCUCCGCAUUAUCGAAAAUGCCGACAUAGAAUUACCUGGGACCGACAUCAUCCGUCCGGGCACAGAGGGAGGAUGGGGCAUGGAGGAAGACGAUUACUGGCCCUCAAGAUGCAGUCAAACAAAGCGGCGGCCGCCCCAACCUUACGAGCCGAAGAGAAGGCGUCGAUUGCUGGAUCUCAAUGCGCUCAAACGGAUAGAAGGGCAUGAAUUGGCGGCAGUCAUUGCACGAGCCUGGGGUGCUAGCCACUCCAGCUAGUCCCAGCCCCAGCAGACCCAGAAGCGACAGUGACAGGCGCAUAUGGCUUAAGUCAUGAGUGGAGUUUUCUGGACUUGAGCAGCACUUUUCGACGUAUCCGAUCCGG